GAAAAAUUGGGAGACUCCUGAUGGUUCCUUUCCAGCCAUGUCUUUAUUUGCCCCACAGCUGAUAUCACAUACAGUGUCAGGUGUGGAACAGUCUCUUCAGACUAAAUGUUAUAUUAAUUCUGUGGUUCUCGGCAAUGCAGAUGUGGAGGUGUUACCCUCUUGCCCCAUCUAUGCUGUCUGGGAAAUCUGAUUACUGUCUCCUCCUGCUGAAUAGUUGCCUAGCCAAGCUGGAUGGGUCCGAAGAAUUGGCAUUGUUCAAGCCUUUUCUGGAGAAGUCUUCUAUUAAAAGGUCAUUUCGGAAUGGGGUUGGCUCGGGAAUUAAAAAAACUUCCUUUCGAAGAGCCAAGUCAUAACCAAGUGGCGAAGGAAAUGCCCACACAUCAGAAUCUGUAGUUUAACUGGAUGUGCUUAAAAUUGUUUGUAGUACAAUUUAGACGAGGUAGGAAACUUAUAGAGACAAUGUAUCAGUAUGUUCAUAAUGUAAACAGAUGUUUAUUUGAAAUGGUACAAGCCAAGUGAAGC